AAGGCAGAGUGAGAGAGGAACAAGAAGCAUUGAUAACAAUAAUACUCUGUUUGUGCCUGAGGAAUUGUUAAUUCAAAUCCUACUGAGGUUGCCCGUUAAGUCUAUCAUACGUUUCAAAUGUGUUUGGACUUAAAUGCAUCGCUUCUCGACGAUUCUGAUUCAGUAAAGCUUAAUUUUUUGCCUAUCCAACCUCAUUGUUAUCUUCGUAUUCGAAUUAUGGGUUCCUGCAGAGGGUUUCUACUUUUGGAUUGCAAUACAUAUCUCAAUAUAUGGAACCCAUCCACCGGUGUCAAAAAACGAAUAUCUUUGCCUCCUUUAAUAUCCACUACGAAUUAUGUGUGUUCCUAUGGUUUUGGGUAUGAUCCUUCAACGGAUGACUACUUGGUGGUGGUGGUUGUUCUAGUACCUUUCGAUGUCCGAAUUAAUGUGGCAACCAGCUUGGAGCUUUUCUCAUUGAGAGCUGAUACCUGGACAAAAAUUGAGGGUACCCGUUUGCCCUAUAUGUACCCCCGUAUUGGUAGACCUGUGUAUAAAGGGUUACUCUUGAAUGGUGCUAUUCAUUGGUUGUGUGUUCAUCGUCGUACAACAAUGCUUGUUAUUUUUGCCUUUGAUUUGAUGGAAAGGAGUGUUUAUGAGAUACCUCUACCAGAUGAUUUUGUCGGCAGCUUUCUAUCUUGUGAUUUGCGGGUACUUGGAGGAUUUCUCAGUCUGUCUGUUGUUGUGAGGAAUAGUAAAGCUAAUAUAUGGGUGAUGAAAGAAUACAAAGUGAAGUCAUCUUGGACUAAGUCUAUUGAUGGCAUUCCUAAUGUAUACUUUUCUCCAAUAUGCUCUACAAAAAGUGGUGAUAUUGUUGGAAAAGAUGGUGGACGAUUAAUGAAAUAUAAUGACAAGGGACAGCUUCAAGAGCAUCGCUUGUGUUGUGUUUUUCCACGUCAGUACGAUGAGGCUAUGUAUACAGAGUCUCUGCUUUCGCUCCCCCGGAGACAAUGAGCAAGCUGGAGAAGAUGAAUGACAAUAACAAGCAAGAAGAAUUAGAUUGUGAAAUAUUAUCUGAUACCUAUGUCAUUUUAUUCAUACCCGUCUUGUAUUAUGAACUCUUCUGGUAUUAUGAUGCAUAAAGAGUAAUAGGCAGAGAGUGAUGAGACUGCUUGGAGACAGAAUAGUAGUCCGUAUGCACUUAGUUUUGGAGUUAGUACAUGAACUUUAGCAUCUUUAUCUUAUUUCAUCGUGAAUUUUAUUUUUUGUUGUUGUUUGGAGUUUGGACGAGUAUUUAAUCAUUAUGUUAUUACUGUGUUUA